AUGGCGGACAAGGUCCGUAAUCAAUCCGAGAUUGAAGAUGUUCCCGUCGAGAAAGUCGAAAGCAAUACCAUCAUCAGUCUGAAAGGAGCUGAUCUGGAGAUUGACCCCGUGCUCGAGAAGAAGCUCUUGUGGAAGAUCGAUCUCAAUUUGAUCCCCAUUACUUUCUUGCUCUUCCUCUGCGCCUUCAUUGAUCGGAUCAAUAUCGGCAAUGCCCGCAUUCAAGGCCUCGAAAAAGACCUCAACAUGCAUGGAUCUGAUUACAACAUCGCCCUCUUUACCUUCUUCGUGCCUUACAUCCUCCUGGAGGUGCCUGCCAAUCUGGUACUCAAGAACGUGCGUCCGUCCGUAUUCAUCAGUACCAUCAUGGCACUCUGGGGUGUCGUGACAGUAUGCCAGGGAGUUACACAAUCAUUUGCCGGCCUUGUUGUCUGUCGAGUUAUAAUAGGCGCUUUAGAGGCUGGAUUCUUCCCGGGAUGUCUGUACCUGAUCUCGAUGUAUUACAAGCGUUAUGAGCUUCAGUUUCGUUUCAAUCUCUUCUUUUCGGCUUCGAUCAUUGCUGGAGCUUUCUCGGGUUUACUGGCAUACGCCAUCGCACACAUGGCAGGCAUCGCUGGAUACGGAGGCUGGCGAUGGAUCUUCAUCCUCGAGGGCAUUUUUACCUUUGUCGUCGCAGUCAUCUCGUACUGGAUCAUUCCAGAUUGGCCCGAAACCGCAAAGUUCUUGAAGAGCGACGAGCGAGAACUGCUCAUCCGCCGUCUUGCUCUCGAUGUUGAGGACGCCACGAUGAGCCACUGGAAUAAGACAGCUGCAAAGCGAGUCUUUGGCGAUAUCAAGAUAUACCUUGGCAUCGCCAUGUAUAUUGGUAUUGUGACCACCAGUUAUUCGGGAGCCUUGUUCACGCCGACCAUCCUGAAACAACUGGGCUGGACUUCGAUCCAUGCUCAAGUCAUGUCCAUUCCCAUAUUUGUUGUCGCCACCGUAUGCGCUCUUACUACAGCCGUACUGAGUGACAAACUUCAUCACCGAUUCAGUUUCAUCAUCUUUGGCUGUGUUGUGGCAACCAUUGGAUAUAUCAUCUUGCUGAAUAUCCAUCGUGUGGCAGUCGGCGUUCGAUACUUUGCUCUUUACCUGAUCAUCUCAGGUGGUUAUAUUGCCCAGCCAAUCACCCUUGUCUGGGUGAGUAACAACAUGUCGGGACACUACAAACGGGGUGUUAGUAGCGCCAUGAUGGUAGGCUUCGGUAAUUGUGGAGGUAUAAUAGCCUCGAACAUGUUCAUAACGAGCGAAGCGCCCGAAUAUCACCUUGGCUAUGGGCUGGGCCUCGCAUUGGUCUGGCUAUGCGUUGUAAGCGCCAUCAUACUUCUCUUCUACAUUAAGAAAGAAAACGCUUUGCGCGAUCAAGGUAGAAGGGAUGACAGGUAUGAUUUGCCUGAGGAUGAGAAGCGAAAUCUUGGUGACGACCAUCCGGCCUUCCGUUUCACUUAUUGA